AUGCACAGCUGCCUACCCCCCAACGAAACUGCAGCAGCUACAACCACAGUACGACGAGUAAGCGGCUUGGGCAACCUGGCAGUAUCCCAGCCCUCGUGCCUCCUCCGUGUAGCACGGCAGCUAGGCACCGAAAGUGUGCUACAGCUGAAUGAUUUUUUCUGCAAACCGGAACGACUAGUUGAAAGUCAAACCGUUGUGGCAUCAAGGUCACACAUGAGUUCACAAAUAUGUGUAUAUCACUACUCAGCCCAAUCUUACCGACUACUGCAACAUGCCAUUGCAAGGAUAUCAUCGAUACAAUUCCUUCAUCCUUCAUUGCACUCGCGCGGCCGUGUAAAGGUCUACGGGAAGCUCUCUCCUGAGUUCACCACAUCAAGUGAUGGGCGACAGGGCUGUCCUCUUUUACCUUUUCUCUUCAACUUCGUCAUUGAUACGAUCAUGGAAGACUCACUACCAGCCUCUAAGGUUUGUGGGAUCGAAGUGCCACCGGGUCGUUUGCUUACAGAUAUCGAGUAA